CCAGACUCAGACAAACUAACUUCAGACUUGAAGACACAAUCAAACAUAUCAACCACCAAAGCGAGAGAAGAUCAAAAGAAAUCGACUAAACAGACUCGGGUUAGAAAGGUCAUCAAAGGAACGUCAAAGAAGUGAGCGGCUCUGGUUACGCUUGUUAGGUACACGGGAAGGACCAGAUUAGUGCUGGUGAUAAAGAGGUAGACAUCAGUCAACAGUAACACGGUCAAAGAAACAACAUGUGGUUUUUGGCAAUAUUGUGCGUUUCCUCCCUGCUGAUGGGCACCAAGGCUCAGAGCAGUGCUAGUUUUCACCGGGGAAAUGACCGUAGUGGCCGUUGUCAGUACAGUUUCACGGUGGACAGUCCCUCUGAAGCCAGCUGUCCAUCAAUGGGAUCGAGCCCCGAGAUGGAGUCCCUAAAGUCUCGCAUGGGGAUCCUGGAGGCGCUGGUCAACCGCCUGGCCGGAGGGGAAGCCGUGCCGGACUUCUCAGAAAGAUCUGGCCUCCAGGAUGCAUACAACCAGGCAAUGCAAGAGAACGCUCUGCUCAAAAGAGACAAGCAAAGACUGGACACACAGGUCCAGGAUCUACAGAAGCAGGUGGAAGAGCUGAGAAACAAACCCUGCACGCCUCCUCCCAGAGUGCCCGUGAAUAACAACAUGCGCAGACUGGGACCAGGACCCUCUCCCCUUGCAUCCAGACCAGGGAAUACACAAGGAGACACCGUCAGUUUACCAGAUCCUGGUUGGCGUCCAAGAUAUCAGGAGCUGACAGCCGUGGUGACUGAAGUUUCUGCACCGAAUCUGGAAGGUCCAGCGGACAUCAAAGGUUGUGGUGACCUCGUGUGGGUAAGCGAACCUGAGACGCAUCGCAAGGCUGAUACUAUUGCUGGUAAGUAUGGUGUCUGGAUGCAAGACCCAGCAGCCAAAGAACCUUACGAUUCUGAGAUGGUAUGGCGCAUCGACGCAGUGGGCUCUGAAGUCCGUCAACUCUUCGGGUAUGAAAACAUGGACCAGCUGGCACGUGGUUUUCCCACUAAAGUCCUCCUUCUGCCAGAGGCUGUGGAGAGCACGGGUGCCACCAUGUACGAAGGGUCCUUGUAUUACCAACGCAGACUCAGCCGCACACUCCUAAGGUACGAUCUACACUCCGAAAGCAUCGCAGCACGUCGUGAUCUUCCCCACGCUGGCUUCCACGGACAAUUCCCUUACUCCUGGGGGGGCUACACGGACAUUGACCUGGCAGUAGACGAAAAUGGGCUCUGGGCCAUCUACAGCACCAGCAAAGCCAAGGGCGCCAUUGUGAUCUCCCAGCUGGACCCUCACACUCUGGAGGUGAAGGGGACGUGGGAGACUAAGAUCCGCAAGUCAACGGUCGCUAAUGCUUUUAUGAUUUGUGGCAAGCUGUACACGAUCGCUAGUUACACCACACCAAACACUACCAUAAAUUACAUGUACGACACUGCAACCAGCCAGGGUAAAGCGAUUUCAGUUCCCUUCAAAAACCGCUAUCGCUACAACAGCAUGGUGGACUACAACCGGGUCCACAGGAAGCUGUAUGCUUGGGAUAACUAUUACAUCGUAUCUUAUAAUGUGAGGCUAGGCAAGCAGGAGUAAAGCGCAGAGAUCAGAUUACAUUUUCUAUAUUGCCAUGCUUCUAGAAGCGUUUUGUGAUGUUUUACCAAUCAGGAAAAUAGCUAUAUAUUCAUGGAUAAAAAAGACAAUUUCACGUUUGAAAAACAUAUUAGGCAGGUUCAUACAGAAAUUAUGAUGAUGUUGGUAAUAUUUUCCUGAUAACAUUAAAUCACAAAACACCUGUUUAUGACCGUUCUUGGUAAUGUAGAAAAAGCAUACAGACACAAUACAGAGUGACUGCUUUUAUUUACGUUAUUAAAUGAAUUUAUAUUUUUGUAUAUUUGUCUGUGAUGCUCGUAGUGAUGAAAAUGCCUUAAAGGUCACCUAAUAUUUUAUUUGUUGUUUGAACAUAAUUGGGUAUCGUAUGUGUGUGUACACAACCAAUCUGCCCACUCCAUUAUUUUUAAAAAAUCCCCUUAAUACCUCAACAGUCUCAUGGGACAAGCAUUUACUUAUCAAACUGACGUCACUUUGCGCAGGCCCCACCCACAACUUUUCAAAGACCACAGUUGGGUCAUAAUUUGUAUUUUAAAUCACCUUUACAUAAUUCAUUACAGCACAUUCAUUAUGAACAAUGAAGUAAAGUGAUUGUCUUAUUAAAAAUAAAAAACAAUAGAGGGUAUGCAUUGACAUCACUUUUCCACGUGGCCACGCCGGAGCUCUCCCUGUUAAUGGGCAAACAUUCAACAAAAUGGCUGCAAAAACGACAGUAAAACUGACUAUUAUCAGCUUAAAUUUAAUUUAGUUAGCCUUAACAGUGAUCCUAACCAUAGAUGUGUAUAAAGGCUAGAUGUCUCGCCCGCGCUGCUGGCCAAUUGAGUGGAACGUCCGCAUUUGGCGGCCAUCUUACCACAGGGCGCUCGCUCACUCGUAGCAUUGAGUUUUAAUGGUGCAAGUGCUUUUAAAUGACCAUAACUUGCUUAAUUUUCUACCGAUUUUCAAACGGUUUCGUUUGUUAUAAACGUCAAAGAUGUACCUAUGACACUAAAUACUUGAAACUAAAACAAAAAAAAUCAUGAAACAUGUUAAAGCAUCCAGAAUUAUAGCCACGUUAAUAACGUUUGUAAGAAACCAACCCGUUUGAAAAUUGGUAGAAAAUUGGGCAGGUUAUGGUCAUUUAAAAGUGCAUGCAUCAUUCAAACACAAUGCUACGAGUGCGCGAGCGCCCUGUGGUAAGAUGGCCGCCAGGUGAUGACGUUAGAGACUCCGCCGUAACACAUCGAGCCUUUAUACAUAUGACCCUAACAACUUGCCAAACAACCAGUAGUCUGUGGAUAUUGGCAUAUGGCAAGAUUGCUUUUCCUGACUUAUAUGUUUGUCUUUCCUAACACUAUUAAACCACCCCACCUUUGUAGAACAUAAGUCUCAUCAUAAUGAUGUUUUUAAUGAAGGCUCACUGACAAAACUUUGCCAUUACACAGAAUAAGAGUAUUCAUUUGGUGUAUUUUUAUAGGAUUUUUUUAUCCCAAAAUUGUACAUACCUGACAUAUGGCUACUGCUACUGAUUUACUUCUCCUUUGUGUGGCAAAACAUUCAACAAAAUGGCUGACUGUUCUGGCGACGGCCGCGAAAAUGUCAGUAUAAAUUAAAUUUAGUUGCACUUGAUAGUGACCCUAUAACUUGUCAACCGACCUGUGGUCAGUGGACGUUGGCAUGGACGAUCAAUUUACUUCUCCUUUCGGUGUUUCUUGGCAGUCUGUAUAACGAUAGCUCCGAAUUCUUGUUAAAUCUGUUAGUAUCGCACAACAGCUUUUUCCAAUGUAGACGCGUUUUUCCUGAUUUUACACUGUACACAAAUUUUGCCGCUGUUGUCACUCAGUUGGCGUAACCGGUUACCGGAGUCACUUCCGCCGAAGGUGACGUCAUGGGGCAGAAAGCAGCAAGUAAUUUGCAUUUAAAGCGACACACCUCAAAACCAAAACAGCGCAUUUCAUGCAAAACCAAAAUUGGUCUAAAGGUAUUUGGACCUGAAUUUUUACAGACACGUUCAGGGAAAACCUGAGACUAUUACAUUUUGAAAAUUUGCCAUAUCAGGUGACAUUUAAGGUUUAAUUCCUUUGACCAACAAAUUCCAAAAUGGAUAAACUAUCUAGUCAUGUAUCAUGAUGACAGGUUUAUGAUGAAAUGAGGUCACAUCUUCUUUCUCAGUGGAUGUGUCCGUUAAAUGUUUUAAUAGAGAAACUAUUUUUCUACCUUUGUAAGUAAUGUCUCGUUUUUUGUGUUCACAGCACUGAAUAAGUUAGAUUAAAAAAAAAAAAGAGGGAAAAUAUAAUGGCACAUAAGACUGCCUUAACUGAUAGAUUGUAAAAAGAGGAAGACAAUUUGUGUGCAACUUUUACAUUAUUUCUUGUGUAAAUGCUCAAAUCCUAAACUCUGUACACAAAGUUAAUGUUCACUGUUGUCUUUUUGAGUUUGCAUUUUAAAACAUAGUCAUGUGCUGCUUGAGAUGCUAAGAGCUGGGAUCUUGUAGCUACAGAAGUGUAUUAACUUAUAUGCAGAUACGUAAGAUAAAUAAAGAAAAUUGAAGUCAA